AUGUCGACCCCGCAGGCCAAAAACGGGGCUGCACUACCAUUCCAUCGUCUCAGCUUUGAUACUGAUGGAGAGAACCAAAUGUCUACGUCAGAUCGGGCACCUCUAUUCUCACAGGUUCCUGACUACGUUGAAGACCCCGAACACGGCACAGAACUGCAACCCGUUGCAAGGCAUGGCCCUGUAACGUCUCCCCUUGGCCAUGACUCGGAGUCUCAGGUCCACGUGCCGAUUCCUUCGGACCUUGCGGAUGCCGCGCUUGACUUUGACUCAAUGACACAAGAGGAUAUCUAUGAGAUGGCUCAUCUGACCUCAAUUUCAACAGAUCCUCAAGAGUUCUUCCAGAAACAUGAUCUUCGGCCCAAGCGAUUCCACUACCCGCGCCAUACAGAAAUUCUCGUCGGCAUCACAGUUUAUAACGAACCAAAACACCUACUUCGUCGUACUUUGCAGAGUGUUGUCCAGAAUAUCUGGUAUCUAAAUAUCCGUACACAGUCAAAAGUCUGGGGAAAGAGAUCCUGGACUAAGAUCGUGGUUUGUAUCCUCAUCGACGGUAUCGAGUCCGUGGACCCUGGUGUUCUCGACGUACUCACCACUCUCGGUCUUUAUCAGAAUGGAUUGUGCAAAAGGACGACGGAGAAAGGAGAGGAAGUAACGGGACACCUUUUUGAAUUUUCGUCUCAUUUAGCAACCCAUCUAGGUUGUGAGGACUAUCCAGAUGGCAACAAUGACUCCCUCAACCUUCACUCGCGGUCCAUGAAAUUCCCAGUACAGCUUAUGCUACUCAUGAAGGCUUCAAAUUGCGGCAAGCUCAACUCAUACCGGUGGCUUUACAAUGGGUUCGCCAAAGUCUUGGACCCCAAUAUUACAGUUCAUCUCGACGUGGGCACCAAGCUGGGCAAGCAGGCGCUGUUCAAGCUAUGGAAGGAAUUCGAUCUUGAGCCUAUGCUUGCUGCAGCCUGUGGAGAGAUCUCUUGCUCUUUGGGCGGUAACUGGCUCAACAUUCUCAAUCCCAUCGUUGCCGCCCAAAACUUUGAGUACAAGGUUGGAUUUCAGCUUGAUAGGACGUUUGAAUCUGCAACCGGUUUUCUGUCUCUCUUGCCCGGGGCCUGUUCUGCUUACAGAUACGUGGGCAGUGCUGGUAAACCGCUAGAAGAUAUGCUUCUCGGCGACCCAACAUGGAUCCAAGGCCACGGCGACCUUCGCCCUUCCCUGUCCCCCGUCAAUCUCAAUCGCCACCUUGCAGACGAUAGAGUCAUUUGUUUCAGGAUAAUCAGCAAACCACGCACGCACUGGCUCCUGAAGUAUGUUCCAGUCACCGCCACCACUGACAUCCCCAUGACGACAACAGACUUCAUCAACCAAAGACGACGAUGGCUCAAUGGAGCUUUCUUCUCGACUAUUUAUGUCUUGAAGAGAUGUGGACACUUGUGGAGGUCUGACCAUACACGAAUGCGCAAGUUGGCCUUUUUCAUCCCUCUUCUUCACAGUGUUCUAGCCUUGGUCUUGGCUUGGUUCUCGCUCGCGGCAUUUCUACUCACGACAUUCACUAUCAAUAGCAUCUCUGGAGAUCCUCCCAAGGAUGCACCGGCUGGAGGAUUCCCAUUCGGAAAGGCAACACCUAUUGUAAACGCGGUCAUUCAGAUAGUGUACUUGGCGACUGUCUUGUUCCAGUUCAUACUCGCCCUUGGAAGUCGCCCAAGGAAUCAUCGAAUCAGCUAUAUCAUAUCAUUCGCCAUUUUCGGACUUAUUCAGGCGUAUCUAAUCAUGAAUCUGGUGUAUCUCGUAAAGAGAGUUGCAGACUACAAGGCCGACGAUACUGGGUCGAGCAAUUAUGCCUAUAUCGGGGAGUUCUACGCCGACAUUGGCCAAAGCACUAUCAUUGUCGCUGGGUUCUCUGUUUUCGGCGUCUAUAUCCUCGGCGCUCUUCUAGCACUUGACCCAUGGCACCUCCUCACAUCUUUUGCGCAAUUUCUGUUUAUAUCAUCGUCUUACGUCAACAUUCUCAAUAUCUAUGCUUUCAGCAAUACACAUGAUGUCAGCUGGGGAAGAAAAGGUCGGCAUCAAGACACCGAAGCGGGCCAGAGACAAGAAGGACCAAGGCCAGCUACCAUCGAGAGACGAUUCACGUUUUCCGACCAAGAUCCAAACAUUCGAUCAAUCGCUACCCAGCGUGAUGAAACUCCCGAAGCGAGAAAUAAAGAGUACCAAGAGGCACUGGCUCGAGCGACGGCUGAAGACGAGACAGCGAGCCGGGAGAGGAAGCGCCCCCAGGUUCUCGCAGUAGCAGACGCCAUGAUGGAGUUUCGCACUAUUCUGCUCGCGUCAUACAUCUUCUCAAACAUUUUCGUUUGUCUUAUUGUCAUGAACGACAGCCUCAAAAUCUUGUGGUGGCUUGGUGACUCGUACUGGCAUAAAGUCUGGUUCUUCCGUAUAUGGCUGUGGGCAAACUCGAUCAGCUUUCUCAUUAGGUUCGCUGGUUGUUUAUGGUAUCAUGUGGUCAGGGUAGUCAGCGGGCUUUUCCGUGGCACCCUCAUGUAA